AUGUACACCGCUCUCAUUGUGGCCUUUGCCGGCGCGUCCCUCAUUACCGCGGCUCCCAUCAACUUUACCAAGCGGUACAGGCACUCGAAAUACGAGCCCUACGACGAGUACCACCUCCGCUACGUCGCUCUCGACUGCCGUACCAAGCACAACACGACCUUCUUCGUCGACUGCUGCCACCCCCUCCGUAACGGCGAGAACAUCACCGAGGUCCGCUCCGCCUACUGUGUCCCGAAUGCCACUGCUAUUGCUUCGGCGUCAGCUCACAUAGCUGGCGCCACCGCGCCCCUCCCUUCCAGCUCUGGUAAUUGGAACACCAAUGACGCGGGCAACAGCAACAGCAGCGACGACACUGCUUCAAACAACUCGGACGACGGCGCCGCCGCCGCAUACACGUCCCUGGGUGGGGAUGCGCCCACCAGCACCACCUCUGCCUACGACGCCCCCACCAGCACCACCUCUGCCUACGACGCCCCCACCGAUACACCUCCCUCCGCUCCCUCGCCGUCGCCCUCCAUCGCCGUCGAGAACCACGUUGCCCAGGACUCGAACCAGAACCAGGAUGCUUCUUCUGAGCAGGGUCCUUCGUCGUCGUCUUCUGACCAGGCACCUACUUCUUCCUCGUCGUCCGACCAGGCCCCUUCGCCUACCUCGUCGUCCGACAAUGCCCAGCCGACCCCCUCCGGCGACAACAACAACGACAACAACAACGGUGGCGGCGGCGGCGGCGAUGUCCAGACGGGCGGACAGGCCACCUUUUACUCCCAGACCGACGGUGGCGGCGGACCAGCGGGUGCGUGCGGUGCUGUGCACAGUGACAGCGACAUCAUUGUCGCCCUCUCAACCCACGGCCCGUGGUACCCGAACGCGAACGCGGUGUCCCCCUACUGCGGCCGCAAGGUUCAGAUCUGGCCCGCAGGCGACUUUGCUGGAAAGGGCAAUACAAUUACCGCCACGUGCGCCGACGCGUGCCCCUCUUGCACGCACAGUGGCAACGACAUCGACCUCUCGCUCGGUGCCUGGGCCGCCAUGGGCAUCGCCGAUAGCGUUGGCGUUGUUCCCAUCGAGUGGAAGUUCGUCUAA